AAGAGCAACAAUCCCCUCAUAAAUUAUCCCUAACGUUGAGGCUACGGGUAAAGUGACCCAAGAUGACGUGUAAGCUUGCCAAGCAUGACUGGACCACGCCUCUAAAGUACCUGUGCACCUACCUAGGUAUGUUACGGUACGCGUCUCCUUACCAGGUACCCAGAGUUGUCCCCGCAGACGAACUUCAUGCAGCAACGUUGUGGAGGGGCAGCCUCCCGAAUGGUCGUGAUCAACCUCGUUGCAAUGAUACACCGAUAACGAAAGACUUUCGUCGUUGGUGACUGCUUUCUUUUCCCUUUCCGUGCCUGUACUGUGAUCGCGUGCCACCACUACUGACGGUGUAUAGCGGAAUCCCAUACAGCGACUGCCCAUCAUGCCUCCCAAACGCCCCAAUUUCCUCAUCAUCGUCGCGGAUGACAUGGGUUUCUCUGAUGCUGGGUGCUUUGGCUCUGAAAUCCGCACGCCUAACAUCGACAAAUUGGCAAAAGAUGGAAUACGUCUGACAGGCUUCCACGCCGCGGCAGCAUGCUCGCCGACACGGGCCAUGAUAUUGACCGGAACCGAUCAUCAUAUUGCCGGACUGGGAAACCUGAUAGAAUGGACGGACUUCUCAGGACAGAACUUUCCCAAAGACAGCAAGUAUUCGACGGCUCCGCAAAGAGGAAUGCCAGGGUAUGAGGGCUACCUGAAUUCGCGGGUAGCCUCACUGCCCGAGGUAUUGAAAGAUGGAGGAUACCACACUGUUAUGGCCGGGAAGUGGCAUCUGGGCUUGACAAAGGAACGGAGUCCUCAAGCCCGUGGGUUCGACAAGAGUCUGGCACUUCUACCAGCAUGCUCGAACCACUAUGACUGGAGACCGGAUGUCGACUUUCCCAAAUUUCUCGAGAAAAGUGUUAUCGCCCUGCACAUGGAAGACGAUCACUAUGUCAAGGACCUACCCGAGGACUGGUAUUCGAGUAAUGGUUACGGCGACCAUAUGUUAAAGUACCUGAAGGAGUGGAAGGAAGACAAAGAUCUCUCCGAGAAACCCUUCUUUGCAUACUACCCAUUUUCAGCUCCCCACUGGCCCCUACAGGCGCCUAAAGAGUAUAUCGAUCACUAUAGAGGCGUCUACAAAGAUGGGCCAGAAGCACUCCGUCAAGCCCGACUGAAAAAGUUGAUAGAGCUGGGCAUGAUCCCCAAGGACGUCCGGCCUCACCCCGUCGUCGCAGAUGAAGUGCCAGGUUGGGACGAGACCGACGAAUUCUACAAAAAGGCUUCGUGUACGGCAAUGGAGGCAUACGCCGGCAUGGUGGAAUGUCUAGAUCACAACAUUGGCCGUGUGACUGACUAUUUAGAAGAGAUUGGGGAGCUCGACAACACUUAUAUCAUGUUCUUCUCGGACAAUGGAGCCGAGGGCGCCGCAUACGAAGCUUACCCCAUGGUUGCAGGGGAGCUCAUGGCGCAUAUAGGAAAGUACUACAACAACAGCCUCGACAACAUCGGCAACAAAGACAGUUUCGUCUGGUAUGGGCCGCGAUGGGCGCAAGCCGCAACAGCCCCAAGCAGACUGUACAAGGCGUACACGACGGAAGGCGGCGUCCGCGUCCCCUGCGUCAUCCGCUACCCACCCAUUCAUCAGGACCAAAAGGGCGCCAUUACGGAAACCUUCGCAACAGUCAUGGACAUAGCACCGACACUCCUCAGCCUCGCGGGGAUCAAGCACCCAGCUCCAGAAUGGAACGGGCGUUCCAUCGUUCCCAUGCGUGGCAAGGACAUGACGCCGUGGCUUACAGGCCAGCAACAAACCAUACACGACCCAGACGAGGCCUUCGGCUGGGAAUUGUGCGGCCGCGCGGCGAUUCGCAAAGGUAAAUGGAAAGCCGACUUCAUUCCGUACCCCAAGGGCAACUCGGCCUGGCAAUUAUAUGACCUCUCCGCGGAUCCUGGCGAGACUGAAGACCUUGCCACAAAACACCAGGAUAUCCUGGAGGAGUUGCUGGCACUGUGGGAAACGUACUGCGAAGAGACGGGCGUGGUGCCGCUGCAGCCGGAGCUGGGAGCGCGCUGGCACGAGGCGGUCGAGGCCCAGAUGAAGGAGGGCGAGUGGAUCGAGUACGAGUAUUGGAAGCCCGGGGCCCUCGACGACGAUAAGCGUACGCAGCACGUCAGAAAGAUCGCCGAAGUGACUGAUCCGAGGGUGAAAGAGGCUACAGGAGGCCAGCCCGUGAAUGUCUCAUGAUCUUGUUCACUGGAUGCUCGAAACCCAAUAUAGUCAAUGAAUAUACAAUACACAUGUACAGAGGAAGAUCACAGGAACCGGUCUGGUGUCCUAUGCUAUAGAUAUCGAAUGGAUCGGGCUUCCCACCCGCACAGGGCAGAAUGAACAUCUGAAUUCCUGUGUCUGCCAGC